AUAUAAAGUACGGCUACGUCACCUGGUAGAUAUCAAUGGUAUGUAUAAAUAGGAGACAUGGCACGCGUUGGGAGAGGGAACAAAAGUUUGUCGUAUUCCUGUGCGGCUUAAGAAGGAAGAAGUGCAGAAGAGCAGGAAAAAGAUAUUUUCAGGGCAUGGAUAGAAGGACUUCCAAACGAACAUUCCUUCCAAUCACAGUCCUCGUUGGAUACUGUAUUGUAUUGUCUUCUGCAGCCAUCAUUCCAACUCUGCGAAACAGACUUCGGAAAAGAGACUUGUCAGACCAAACUUUCAGUAAUAAACAGAUGAACCCGUUCCUGUCCAGACCAGGAUCAUGGGAUAACCAGCUACCUUCUAUAACCCUCCAUGAUUGGAGUUCUGAUGUACUACCAAAUGGACCUCCAGAAGACAGAGGACAAAGGCUCCUCGUACAGCCUGUUACCAGGCAGUUUCUAUUUGGCUCUAAUGAUGUCUCUAAAAAGGGAUUGCCAGGCGUCCCCAGGCUUAAUAGUGGCAUGGUUGAUCAAAGCUGGCUGCCAGACUGGCCCACCAAUGAGGAACAGGACAAAAGGAGCAUUGUCGUGGCCGAUGAUGCUGCCUUUCGGGAGAAGAGCAAAAUGCUCACGGCUAUGGAAAGACAGAAGUGGCUUAACUCAUACAUGCAGAAACUUCUGGUUGUGAAUUCCAAUUAACUGGAAGCUUUGCAUUGUGUGAUUUAAACAUGUAUUCUUUUUUCAAUAAAAAUUAUUAGCUACUCGUCUAAUCCAAAUGCAAUAAUAACGUUUUUGUAAAUUGAGGCAUGAUAACCUUGCAUGUAUAAUUCUGAAUGAACGAAUAUAAACAUGUAUUAAUUUAA